AACCACUGUGCAGCGUGAACAAGACAAAAAUAGUUUCGUUUGCACCGACUUAGGGUGUUUUUAAAGCUCACAUGGCAUUUGACGGCAGCGGCGAAAGUCUGUGUUCCUCAUGGGAUCCUGUCUGAGGCCCGUCACCCGGUAACCUCUCUGCCUGUUUUGAAAUUAGCUCCAAAGGCCUCCAGAGUUUAGAGUGCAUCUUGUUCUACUUUUAGAGGGUGGUUCUGUCCGUCUGCAACGGUCUCACCUCCUAGCACAAACGUCACAGCAGAAGAAGAGACGUCCCCCUCACCCCACCAGACCCUCAGCCUGCCGACUAUAGUACUAUUAUAGUUCAAGCAAAGGCUAAUUGUUGGUCAUUUACAAAGGCUGCACAGUCCAAGCCUUCGGAUGGCAUUUCUGCCUCUCUCUACUGGGAGACGAUGGUGCUGCUUGUAGGUUUCACACUCCUCUGCUUCUGCUGCUGGGCGUCUUUCUACUUCAUCUUGUGCUUCCUCAACGGACGUAGGAGCUACGAAUGGAACUGUCGCCUAGUCACUUUCGUGCACGGCAUGGUGGCGGUUUGCAUCACAGCUUACAUAGGGUAUGUGGAUGGACCCUGGCCAUUCAGUGAGCCAGGCACCAAGAACACCCCUUUACAAAUAAGUGCCUUGGUGAUCAGUCUGGGCUACUUCAUUUUUGACAUGGCCUGGUGCUUGUACUUCCGCACUGAGGGACUUGUCAUGCUGGCCCACCACACCAUGACAAUUCUGGGAAUUAUAAUGACCCUGUGGCUGGGCGAGUCCGGAAUCGAAUCGUGCGCCGUUCUCUUCGGCAGCGAAAUCACCAACCCCCUCCUGCAGACGCGCUGGUUCCUCAAGCAGACGGGACGCUACGAGACUCCGCUCGGGGACGCUGUGGAUGUCGUGUUUGUGCUGCUGUUUGUUGUGAUGCGAAUCUUUGUGGGAGGUACAAUGCUGUACUGUGAGCUGAUCUCGCCGAGACCCUUAUUCCUCAUCAAAUGCGGAGGAGUGGCCAUGUACGCUCUGUCCUGGGCCUUCAUGGUGGACAUUGUUGGCUUUGUCAUACGGAGGCGCAAGAGAUGGCACCAGGAGAGAGACCAACGACGGAAGGUUGUAGCUAAAACGCACUGACUGACAUUUCGGCCAGCUUUCCACUUCAGACACUCAGUGGAUUUUUUUCAGUCUACAGGAAAAUCAGCUCUCUGCAUUGACAGAUUUAUAUAUAUUUUUUUUUAAGUAAAUGGAAUACACUAUGCCAUCUUUUUUGAAACGUCUACUGUGUGCAUUUUAAAAAGAUAUAUUUUAGUUUACAUGCACCUGAUGAUUGUUAUUUCAAAGGUACAAACAACAUGUUUAUAACCAACGCACUUUUAUAAAAACACAUGUUGCUUUCAGCUGCUGUGAACUGUGGCCCGGUCAUUUGUGGUGGUGCUGUUCCAAAAAGGGAGUUUACAAUUUAGAAAGUGAGACAGUCAAACCUAGGGGUGGCUGUUGAACAGUUUUUGUCAGACAAUAAACAUUAAGACAGC